UAACGUAACACAUAUGCAUGAAGUGCAAUAUUACAGAGUAUAUUAUACAAUCGAAAGCUUUUGUCUAACUAAGGUUGUAAUAUUCAGGUGGUGUCAUGAUAUUAGCCAUGAGCAAGUAGCAAAUAAGCCUCUCUUGAAAACUGUUUUCCAGGUCAUGAUGAGAUUAUUUAGUCUCUGUAAAACUACCCUACUAUUUGUUAUACGUGACAAAACAAGGACACCCCUUGAAAAUUUGGAGCCUGUUUUAAGAGAAGAUAUUCAGAAGCGACGGGCGAAAUCCGUCACUAAACAGUUUAGCGACGGAAAUCGUCCGUCGCUAUUUUCGCUUCUUUUUUUUUUUUUUGUAGUGAGUACAUCUUGGUCUUCCCGACCCAAUCCUUAGAAUUGAUUCAAGUAAUUCCACUCUCCCUGAAGAUAACAAUAUUCAAAGCCUACGCGUUCUAAUAUAAUAAAAAACAUUGUUUCAAAAUAAGUGUAGAAAAGGGAUAUGGUACAAUCUUCAAGAUUGUCACUAGA